AUGUAUGUAUUUAGGAAAAACGUUGGUCAACCAGAGAUUUCGAGUGCGGAAAUCGAUUUUGAACCAUCGGAUUCAGAGCAUUGGGACAGCGACAGCGACAACGUUCUGGAUCCGCAUGAAUACGAUAGCAGUGAAGAUGAAGAUGGCAAUGAUUCACUAGAAGAAUGUGACGAAUCAGAUGGACUAGAGGAUGACACCGGUGAUUGCGAGGUACGGUAUCAAAUUUUAUGA